UUCGCUCGAGCGACGAACAGCGCGCGCGUGUUCAUACGAGACGAUCGAAUCAAAACAUUCCGUUAAAUCCACAAUAUUUAUUGAACCGAUGUGUGUGUGCAACUCUAAGCGUGUGCAUUCCAUACUAUGUUAGUUUCACGCAUAAUGUUUCAUUGAAUUUGCUGUAAUCAGCGAAAAUGUGACUGCUAGUUACGUGUGUCGAUCAGCGAUCGAAAAAUGGCCCUUACUGACGUUUACACAAUUAACAAGUGAUGUUUACUAAAAUGCAGGAGUUUUUAAGAAUCAUAUUAGUGUGUUAUUGCGCGUUCCUGUUAACAGUGCCUGAGGGAAGUUGUGAUGAUUCAGGAUCUGAAGUGACAGUGGAACCAGUCGCUGUGAGGAUUGAGGAGACAGCUAUCGAGAAGAAAGAUACUAAAAAUUAUCAGCUUCCAGCAUCCGUUCGGCGAGCCGCCACGACCAGCAGUUCAAACGCAACAAGAGACUCCCAGCUGCUGUCUGUCUUAGCUGCAAGACGCAGACAACUGCUUUCCGGAAGGCUUGCGGGGCAUAUCAGCACUAUUGCAUCAAUAGCUCACAAACCGCAUAAAGGCAAUACUACCUUUGCGCAGUUGGAAAUACGGGAUUCAAAUAACUCCAUUGUUAAAAGAAUAACCUUCGAGAAUUCCACGAAUGAGGCUAUAGCACCAACUUUAAGGCUUAUUACUCAAGAUGGCACGAAAGAAACACGACAAGAGAUAAAACCGCAUGAAAUUCGACACCUUUUCAUUCCUAGAAUAUAUCAAGAGAAUAAAAACAGAGCUGGAUUUUUGAACAAUCGAAGAAAAGAUUUGUUUAAUAAGACUGGUAGUGUAGAAACGUCUACGAGUAGCUCAAUUGUAUACGUGCCACCUGAUAAAGGAGAAGGACUGGAUAAAGAGGAUGAUUUGGACCCAGAAGAAGAGUUUCAAGUAGACGAGUCGAAUCACGGCCUUUAUUUACUUAAUUAUUCUGAUACCGAUAACGUAACUCAAACUCCAACACUUAAUAAAACAACACCUACUUAUGAAAUAAAAGAUAAUGUAACUAUAACUUUUGAAUUUACUACUGAAAAGGCGGAGGAUACUACAACCGAUCUAAAUAAAGAGGAAAAAACAGAAAGCAAUAUUAUUGCCAUCAGUACAGAUGCUGAGACUACUAAAUUAAUAAAAAUAAAUAAUGAAAAGGAUAGAGAUAAUCAAACUCUAUUUAUGUCUAAAGAGAUAUAUGAUCAUUUUCGGCCCUUAGAGACAGAAUUACCUGAUGAAGAUAUAGCACCUUUUAUAUAUUUUGGUCAAAAACUAGGUGGUCCUGUUUUUGGUGAUAACCUUACGAAUUCUCCGACAUUGGCAGCUUCGACAAAGGCUGUUAAUUUAAUUAUACCACCGUCUGAAAAAAAGAAAUUUAACUCUAGGUAUUCUGCAACUGAAAAGUAUAAAAACACAAGUGCUGGCGAAGAUGAAAUAAACGAGGAUAUGGACGUAUCUGUUGUCAAAAAUAUAAUUGAAAAGAACAAAAUAAGGAACACUGUCAAAGGACCAGCUCCAGCUCGCCAUGUUGGCUUAGUAAAUGCAUAUCGUAAACAUCCAAGUUCAACGCAGUCCACCGCAAAACCACCAAAUGUUGCGCAACUUAAUGUGACUGAACCAAUGAUACAAAAUGUAGCCCUAGGCCUUACUACUAAUAAAACGAAAGAUUUUAUCAUUACAAAUAAUGGAACAGGUCAACAGCUUGAACAUUUUAAUCACUCAGCAACUACUAAAGAGUCAGUAUUAAAUAAAACAUCUACUACACCUCCAAAAAAUCUCACAAGAAAUUAUUUCAAUUUACGAAGACGACCGUCCAAAAUAACAACUCUUGUGAGCACUGAAAGCUCCUUAAGCAGUAGUAAUCCUGCAACAGAAAAUUCUUCUACAUCUGUAUACACAGCAGUGGUAACAUCUGUUUCAAUAACAUCAUCAAUUAUAAAAGGUAACAAUAGAACUGAUAUACCAGCAAAUGAGUUCGAUUCUAAUAGUACCACUGCAGAUAUUUUGAACGAUAAGCCUAAUGUUACUGAACCAAUGAUCAUCGUUGUUGUUAAUGAAACAGAAACUACUACUUCAUCAUCAAUUUCAUUAUCAAGUUAUAAGCCACAUAGGCAUAGAAUUAGAAUAAGAACUACAACCACCGAAAAUCCAUUUCAACCUUUCACUAGCAAUGCACCCACAUUGUUUACUUAUAAGCCAUUGGAACCUACAUUGGCAAAUGGAAAAUUAUUCGAAACAAAAAUUGAAUCUACAACCUUUAAAAUUUCUGAAAAAUUGGCGAACCUUUAUCGACAAAUUGAUAACGAAAACUCUACAAAUGGAAUGACGAUCCGACCGAAAAAUAUAUUAAAGCGUCGGAGGCCCACAACAACAACCUCUACUACUACUACGACAACAUCUUCAACAUCAACAACAACAGCCACAUCAACAUUAUCGACAACAACAACAAUCAAACCAAUUAUAGAUGUAAUUAAACAAACAACAGAAGUGCCUUUUUCAUCAAAACUAACAUCAUCAUCAACUCAAAAAACCACAACAGAAAAUACUUCUUUAAGAACUCUAAUAGUAACCUCUAAAUCAUCAUCUCAAUCUAGCUCCAAGCCUCUAAUAUUCUCCACUAGUAAACCAAACAAUAAUACAACUACGCUAAAUUCGACACUGUCAAACAACGAUAGAAGCGAAGUCAGUAAUGAAGAAGUUGUGAUUGAGGCAGAGAAAACCUAUACAGCAUCGUACGUUUUGGCAGGACUGGGUAUUCUGCCGGUUUUGGCUGUUGUUGCAUUUUUCCUAAGAAAUAUCCUUAGAAAGAAUACUAAAGGAAUUGAUGCUGAGUACGAGGGCUAUUUCGACGACGGAGGCGAAAUCAAAAAGGAGUCUCCAAUAACACCUGUAGCGCGACCACCACUACCAACUCCGAUUAAACCAGAUAAGAAAUGGGAAUUCCCAAGAAAUAAGUUACGAUUACAGACUUUGUUAGGACAGGGUAAUUUUGGUCAGGUCUGGAAAGCAGAAGCAGACGAUCUAAAUGGACAUGACGGACUGACUCGGCUAGUAGCUGUGAAGACUAUCAAGGAGUCAGCGUCACAGAAGGAGAAGCAGGAACUUCUACACGAGAUAUGCAUCAUGCAGAAGAUAGGGACUCAUCCCAAUGUUGUCACGCUUCUUGCUUGUUGUACAGAACAAGAACCCUAUCUUCUGAUAAUGGAGUACGUGAUGUGCGGCAAACUGCUAACAUACCUUCGUGAGCGCCGUUCUAGGCCAGAUCGCUUCAGUGGCAGCGGCGCGCUGACGUCUCGAGACCUCACGGUCUUUGCUUAUUGUGUUGCAAGGGGGAUGGAUUACAUCGCUUCCAAGGGGAUUGUGCACCGCGAUCUGGCCGCACGCAACGUACUGGUCGACCACAACAAGCUGUGCAAGAUCGCGGACUUUGGCAUGUCGCGCUGCGCCGGCGCAUCUGCGCGUACGUCACGAGGAGCGCUCCCCGUACGCUGGAUGGCACCCGAGGCACUUCUCUACAACGUUUACAGCCACCACAGCGACGUUUGGGCAUUCGGAAUUCUGCUCUGGGAAAUUGUUACUCUAGGAUCAACGCCAUAUGCUGCCAUGUCUGGUCGAGAAGUGCUGACAGCAGUGACUGAGGGCUAUCGACUGGAAAGACCAACACACUGUAAGCCUCAACUCUACCGCACGAUGCAUUCCUGUUGGCAUGCAGACCCGAACCAGCGACCCUCAUUCGCCCAGCUAAAGUCCCAGCUAGCCGAUUUGUUGGACAACGAGCCGUCUGAAGGGAACUAUGUGGACUUAGACUCGUUUUACCAGGAGUCGUCGGUGUACAGCGACCCGUCGGCUAUCAUCCAUGAUGAAGAUGGACUGUCCGCGGAGUACGAUCGUGAGAGACGGGUGUUUAGAGAAUUAAAAGCGGGUCCCGCAAAAUUCGAUAACAGAGGCUUCAACCUGCGAGAUGAGGAACUCCGAAACAAAUUUGGAAUCGGAACGCCACGCAUGGGAGGCUUCGGAAUUCGUGACACGCCCUUCGACAGAAAUUUCUCCGAAGGCGACUUCAAUGAACGAAAUUUCGCCGAGAAAAAUUUUACUGAUAAUAACUUUAACGAUCCGAAUUUUAACGAACGGAAAGAUGGGAAAUUGUCGACAUCUAGUUUUCACAGAGAGAGGGAAAGAGAAAAUCCUCUAGUUAGUAGAAAUAGUUUUAAUGGCUUCCCCCGAAUUGGAGCAAGAGAAAAUCACUUUCAAAUGUCACCAGAUGGUAGAAAUAAAAGAGUACCUGAAUUCGAAUGCGACAUUUAGUAAAUGAUGGGAUAGAACCAAAGGAGUUAAAAGUUUUAAUAAUAUUUAGAAAGUCGAAGAAAACGCUAAAUAAAAAUUAAAAGUUUUGAAAAAUAUUUUUUGUAGCAACAAUUUAUUAGAGAAUUAGCUCCUUACCUUUCUACAAUAGUUAAUAGACAAUUAAUGAAUUUGCGAUUUUUCUUCAAAUUGACUGAAUUAAAAGUAAAGUUAGAUCGAUGACUUUAAAGCAAUUUAUAAUAACUCAUGACAUAGGCUAUUAAUUAAUUAUAAAUUGCGUGUAAAUUGUAAAUAUUAAUUAAUUUAUAACAGUAUUCAUGUGCAGUGAAAGUCGGGUGUAGUUGUUAGCUUAGUACUGUAAAUAUUCUAAGUGUUUUAAUAAAGUUUACACCGUGUGAUUUAUUCAUCUUUAGUUUUCUACUUAUUAGUACUUAAUAUUAUUUAAAUUUCUACCAUGCAUCGUUAAUACAAAAGCUUCGACAUCUUUAAUACCAGAAAAUUUAUUGAAGUAGGCGUUACUUUGCGGAAAUCCAUAAUUAUACAAAUGAUUGUUUUCUUUAGUGUUAAUUCCGCCAAUAUUUGUCUUUAAACAAUUCGACAAGUGUUUCGCCUCUACACGAGGCAUCCUCAGGACGUGUUGUCUCGCCAAAAUCUGGCACGAGACUCGUGGCGGAAUUAACACUAAAGAAAACUCAAAUCAUUCGUACCUUUAAUACCAAUCAAAACUCCUCUUCUUAAUUAAAUAUUUUUCAAAGUCACAAUAUUAUAUUUCAUAGAAAGUAAAAAAAAAACUAGAUUUUAAUAUGUUUUCUAGAUUAUUUUCAUUAGACAUAUUUGAUGUUAAACAAAUACUGUACGUUGUAUGCAAAAAAAAGACACCUGUUUUGUAAAACAGUGACCUAACAAUAGCGACGUCUAAAAUGGAGUUAAUGUGUUUCUAUUACAAAACAGUGUUUAGCUUAUGUUUAACUGAAACGUCGUUAAGUACAUCAUAAACUGAAGUGUUCAGGAACAAACGGAACGGAACGCAAUCUUUGUCAGCUGUCAUCUUUCUGUCAUCAUAAUAAUAUUCUAAAUCUUCUGUUCUGAAUGAAUACGAUCUAUCAAAUUCAAAUUAAAUUAUUUAUAAUAUUCAAAAUAGGAUUCGAAAUCACUUAUUGAACGUCAAAAACUACCACAAAAUAGAGUGCCUCGGACCUGAGAAGAACGGGCGCAAGAUACUUAGCGGGCUUUUUUUUUACAAAAAUUUGGAUAACAAUGUAAUAUCGUAGUAUAAAUAUUUAUAAAUAAAGAGCCUGAGAGUGUUCGUUACAUUCCCAGUCUAUGGUAUCAUUAAGAAAAUGGUUUAUGCUGUAGUGACCAAUUUCCACACAAACGCAUAAUAUUAUCAUCAUAUACAUCGCCCAAUAAACGACUUACUAACUCGACUUAACCGAGUAGAUGGCAUAACAAGUUUAUGUUUGUUUCUCGUGUUAACUAAUUAUUGUCACAGUUUCUAGCAAAUUUCUUAAUGUGCUUAUCCGUAAGAUACACCUUAAACAUUAAUAAUUGUAAUGAUUGUAAUAAGAACUUUUUUAAAACAAGUGUUCAACACAAGUUUAACUUUUUUGUAAUACCACAGAUUAUGUUUAAAUUUCAAAAAUAGUAUUGGUGCAUUUCUUAAAGUAUUUACUGCCUUUCUUAAUUAAUCUCAAAAGUUAUAUAUUAUGUAUGUUGUAGUUGUUUACAAUGUUAUUAUAACUAAAUAACUUUAUCUUAAUAAAACAAUAGAAGCAAUACAUUAUUUACGUCAGUGGGUUUGUUAUUAAAUAGCGUGGGUUUUCAAAAAGUUAAUAAUUAAAUUAUUUUGACUGUACAAGAAAAUAUCUAAGCUAAAAACCCGAACAU